AUGACUGAAGACAACUUGUGCUUAAUGAAAUCUUGGUGCGUUCUUGAACGAUUCAUGAUGUUUUCAUUAGACUGUUAUAUACUUUUAAUACUUCAUUUUCAUAUUUUAUUUAAAAGCUAUGAAAGUGCGGCCGCGUGUUACGAUUGCGCUGAAAGAUCUGGAGAUAGUGAAGGUUGCGCAAAUCAAUGCAGGAUUAAUGCAGAAUUGGCCGGCGUUACCGCAAGAUUGAUAUCCUUGAAAGCUCCUGAAGUGAAUGCUCUUAUGAAUCUUGUUAUUGAAUCUUCUCAAAAUUCUCAGCACAAAAAUGAUCAUUGCCAAGCUUGUGCUGCAGCUGCACGUAGCCUGGGUGAUAAUUUGCGAAAUCGUCAAGCGCGCACAGCUGCCUAA